AUGCCUUCGAAAUCCCUCCCCGAACGUGGUCGUUCUACCCAUCGCCGGGAUCAGAAUGUUACUCCACCACAGAACACGACACCCUCCUCGGACGAUCGGUCUUCGAGAAGAAGCACCGCCAAACGCCAGACUUCGUCAAGUCUUUCGUCCAGCAAUGAGAAAGCAAGACCAAAGAUAGAGAAAUGGACAUUGGGUAUAUUGAAUGACAAGGAGACGGAAGAAGUCCCAGGAACCGUCCUGCUACUGUCCGCCUACCGCAAUGAACCCCUUGGUCUUGAAUACCAGCCUGGCCGGCGGAGCAGUUCGUCCAUGCCUGCUCAGCCCGUGUCCCCCAGGCGUCUCUCAGUGGCAUCCCAGAAGAGAACAAAGGAUGGCCAAGUCAUCUUGGAUCCGCAGCCGGAUGACUCGUUGAACGAUCCUCUCAACUGGCCCGCAUGGAGGCGCGACAUUGCCCUUCUCUCUCUAGGAUUCUACUGCAUGUUGGGUGGCGGCAUGACGCCUCUUCUGGCCGCUGGCUUCAACGAUGUUUCCCAGUCGUUUGACGUGAGCUAUUCAAGGGUCGCCUUGACUACGGGGUUGUAUAUGAUGGGUCUGGGAGUCGGCAGUGUCGUCUUCUCGCCAACUGCCAUUCUCUUCGGAAAGAGACCUGUCUAUCUGGGUUCAGCAGUUAUGUUCAUCCUCACGUCAGUUUGGGGUGCUCUGGCACCUAACUACGCCCAGUUGGCAACCGCCAGGGUUUUCCAGGGAAUAUCGGUGAGUCCGGUGGAAUGUCUACCGUCUGCCACCAUUGCAGAAAUCUUCUUUCUACACGAGAGAGCGUUUCGUGUUGGGAUUUAUACCUUGUUGCUACUUGGUGGGAAGAACUUGGUACCCCUGGUGAGCGCUGUCAUCAUCAACGCGAAAGGAUGGAGAUGGGUGUUUUGGGUCGUCGCGCUUAUAGGAGGCUUUGGCUUUGUUAUUCUUUUCUUCUUUGUUCCCGAGACUUUUUGGGACCGGACUCCCAGACCAAAAUCAAGGAGACCAACAGUUCAUCGAAGUUGGUCUAAUGUUCUUCAUCCUUUGCACCAGAACAAAGACAAUGCAGCCGGGCAUGUGCAGGUUGACAGCACUGCGCUCCAAUCGGCUAUUGAGAAGGCCAUGACCCCGAGACAACACAGGCUUCACGAGCAAAACACACACGCAAGAUUUGAGGACGAGCUCGAAGAGAAAACCGAACAGGACGAAGUGGAGGUGAAGGACUUUUCUGAGUCUGGUGAGAAGCCUCCAAAGAAUCCAGCACCCGCUACAGAUGGGGCAGAUGAUCUAAAUGCCCCGGCAGUACUCGGGGAGAAGACUGAAGAAGCGGAAUUGGUUACACAACCAGAACCCGUCGCCCUUCCUAGAAAGAAGGUCAAACCUAUUAUGCUAUCUAUGCCGCCCCCGCCAGAUCCUCACUCCUUUAGCAGAUCCUGGGACGGAGCCCACAGUGGUAUGGUGGAAACGUCGACCCCUUCAAGGGCCCCUCAAGGUGAAACAGACACAUCUGUUCCACAUCUGCAUAACCUCAAUUCCCCUUACUACGCCGAACUCGAGGGAACUGGUGACUAUCUCGGGCACCAUUCCACCCCCGAUUCAAGAAACGAUAGAUCUAGAGAUCCCAACCCAAAUGUGGUGAGGUCUGACACAGCUGUCACGUUGCCCGGUACCCCUAGUGAAGGACUACCCUCACCCAGACUUGUCCGUUACACGACCAAUCUCAAACACGCGCCACCAAGAACAUACGUCGAAACUCUUCGACCCUGGAACGGCCGGCUGUCCAAGGCCAGUUGGUUUCGCGUUGCUCUUCGGCCUUUUAUCCUCUUUGCUUAUCCGAGCGUCCUCUGGUCAACGUUGGUAUACUCGUUGUCGAUUGGAUGGCUGAUUGUGCUGUCAGAGGCCAUGUCUGAGGUCUACCGAAGCCGGGAGACGUAUAACUUUAACGCCCUCCAAGCUGGGCUGGUCUACAUUUCACCGUUUAUCGGUGGCAUUCUGGGCACAGCAGUGGCGGGACGGGUAUCUGACAUCAUCGUGCGAUUCAUGGCUCGCAAGAACGGUGGUGUCUACGAACCGGAAUUUCGACUGGUAAUGGCUAUUCCGGUCGCUAUCAGCACGACUAUCGGCCUCAUGGGCUUUGGCUGGUCUGUCGAAGAACGAGACGCAUGGAUUGUUCCUACCUUCUUCUUUGGGGUGAUUUCCUUUGGAUGCUCCCUAGGAAGUACAACGUCCAUCACAUUUUGUGUUGACAGCUACAGGCAGUAUGCUGGCGAGGCACUAGUGACGCUGAACUUUAGCAAGAACAUCUUUCACGGUCUUGUGUUUAGUCUGUUCUUUGCGAGCUGGCUGGAGAAUGAUGGGCCCAAGACCACCUUUUUGGCGAUUGGGGGGAUUCAGAUUGCAUGCAUGGUGACGGCCAUUCCGAUGUACAUUUACGGGAAGAGGGCCAGGAUGUGGACUGUCAGGAGAGCAUUCAUGGAAAACUUUUGA